AUUGAAUGCCCAGCCAUGAGUCUCCAAAGGUCCUCGUCGUUUAGCUUGACUUUUAACCAAAACACUUCGAUUGUUUCGCGUACCAAUAGUCGCACAAUUUUUGGAGCUUACGGGGAGUUUCUGGAUUUGUGGGAUGUCGGGAACGAAAUCUUCGCAGAGCCAACAGCUCGAUUCUCCAACAGCGGAGGUUCCAACAUGCCGCCCAGUUUCGGGGCCAACGGGGAUCCCAACCAGAUGAUGCAUGGGGAGCAAGCCUCUGGAGAAUGCAACAUGGCGCAGCUUACUAACAAUCUGGAAAACUCAGGCAACAAUAAUUCCGAUGCCAAUAAUAAUUCGAAUGCAUGCAACAAAUUCAUCUGCCACAAGGGCACCGAUUCCGAGGAUGACGUUCAGGUGGCCAACGAAGCCUCCUUGGGAUCGGCCGACUCCACAGUGGAGGAUAUGAAGGAGGACAUUGAACAAACGGUGGCGGUAUCGGGAUCGGAAUUGACCACGGAGCCCAUGGCCUUUUUGCAGGGAUUAAACUCCGGGAAUCUGAUGCAGUUCAGCCAGCAAUCCGUGCUGCGCGAGAUGAUGCUGCAGGACAUCCAGAGCCAGACGAACACGCUGCCCAAACUGGAGAAUCACAACAUCGGAGGCUAUAGCUUUAGCAUGGUUCUGGAUGAGCCGCCCAAGUCCCACUGGAUGUACUCGGUUCCGCUGAACAAACUCUACAUCCGGAUGAACAAGACCUUCAACGUGGACGUACAGUUCAAGGCUAAGAUGCCCAUUCAGCCACUUAAUCUGCGCGUAUUCCUUUGUUUCUCGAAGGAUGUCAGUGGCCCUGUGUUGCGCUGCCAAAAUCACCUGAGUGUUGAGCCUUUGACUGCCCAUAACGCAAAAGUCCGCGACAGCUUGCUGCGCAGCGAGAAUCCCAACAGUGUCUAUUGCGGAACUGCCCAGGGCAAGGGCGUUUCCGAGCGCUUUUCCGUGAUAAUUCCUUUAAACAUGAGUCGCUCUGGAAACCGCACUGGGCACGUGCGCCAAACCUUGGCCUUCAAGUUUGUUUGCCAAAAUUCGUGUAUUGGGCGAAAAGAAACUUCCUUAGUUUUCUGCCUGGAGAAAGCAUGCGGCGAUAUCGUGGGACAGCAGGUUAUGGAUGUUAAAAUUUGUACGUGCCCCAAACGUGAUCGCAACCAAGACGAACGCCAGCUCAAUGGCAAGAAGCGCAAGUCCGUAGCGGACGACACCGAUGACGCUGAGCCGUACGUAAAGCCGUCGAAAGUUCGUCGGCGUAGUGCUAUAAAGAUGGAGGAGACCGAGAGCAAUGACAGCCGCGACUGCGACGACUCCGCCCUAGAAUGGAACGUGUCGCGGACACAGGAUGGCGAGUACCGUUUGGCCAUUACGUGCCCCAAAAAGGAAUGGCUGCUGCAGAGCAUCGAGGGCAUGAUUAAGGAGGCGGCGGCUGAAGUGUUCCGCAAUCCCAACCAAGAAAAUCUGCGUCGCCAUGCCAACAAAUUGCUGAGCCUGAAGAAAAGUGCCUUUGAGCUGCCAUGACUUUUAAGCUGGUCAACAAUAACAAAUGUAUAAUUUAUAGUAAGAACCGGCAAACACCUUUAAAAUGUGUUGCAUCUGUGAGGUAUAGCUAUAAAUCUCUUAACUUUGUAUUAGUCCUUGUUCGUAAGGCGUUUAACGGUGAUAUUACUAUUUUGGCAUGUUCGAUGGCCAAAAAGAAAACAUUUUUAUAUUUUUGAUAGCAUUAUAUUGUUAACUAUAGUUGUAUGAAACUACGUAACUUUUGUCUACCACACGGAAUGAAACAUGCAUACUCUGUACAAAUAAGCCAAAAGUGAGUUGAUUAAAGAGAGUUGUCAUAUUUUGCAAACGGA